AUGGUAAGGAAAGAACAAGAUAAUCAUUUGCUUCGUUAUGGUCCAUUGUUCAACCAAUAUUUAGUAGAUAUGUACGCAAAAAUAGAGACUGAAAGAUUAAAUUUCAUUAGAAAUCAUCAAAAUAAGCUUAGAGCAGAUAAAUAUAUUCAUUUAAAAGAUACCGUUGGAAGACAAGAUGUUGACGCAGAUCAACUUGGAAAAUUAGUUGUAUUGCCAUCAUCUUUUACAGGAGGCCCACGAUAUAUGCAUGAACGAGCCCAAAAUACACUGACGUACGUUCGACACUAUGGCAGCUCAGAUUUAUUCGUAACUUUUACGUGUAAUCCAAAAUGGCAAGAAAUCCAAGAAGCACUUUUACGAGGACAAAAACAUUACCAUCGCCCAAACAUCAUUGCAAGAGUAUUUAAUCGAAAAGUGAAGGAGUUAAUAGAUCUGUUGACAAAAGGAGAUUUGUUUGGGAAAGUGAGGUGCCAUAUAUAUUCAGUUGAAUGGCAGAAACGAGGCCUACCUCACGUACACAUAUUACUAUGGUUGGAGAAUCAAAUUACAUCAGAUAUGAUAGAUAAAUUCGUGUGUGCUGAGAUUCCGAAUCCAGAUGUAGAUCCUUUACUGUACGAGAUAGUAAAGGCUAACAUGAUACAUGGACCAUGUGGACUUUUGAACAAUAAUUCUCCGUGCAUGAAAGGAGGUGUUUGCAGCAAACGUUAUCCAGUUACGCUCAUUCAAGAAACUCAAAGAGGUGAAGAUGGCUAUCCAAAAUAUAGAAGGCGAUCAACAAACGAUGGUGGUUUCAAAGUGAGUAUUAAGUCAAUUGACCUAGAUAACAGGUGGGUUGUUCCAUAUAACCCUGUGUUAUUGCGUAUUUUUAGUGCUCAUAUAAAUGUAGAAAUAACCAGUUCAAUCAAGUCUAUAAAAUAUGUAUGCAAAUAUGUCACAAAAGGUAGUGAUCACGCAGCGUUUGGUUUAGGAAAAUCUGACCAUACAGAUGAAAUAAAAAUAUAUGAAAGUGGCAGGUAUAUCAGUAGUUCCGAAGCAGCUUGGAAAAUUUUAGGUUUUUAUAUACACGAUAGGUAUCCAGCUAUUAUUCAUCUUGAUGUUCACCUAGAAAAUGGACAACGUGUCUACUUCACAGCAAAUAAUGUUGCCGAAAGAAUAGAAAAUCCACCAACAACAACUCUUCAGGCUUUUUUCCAGAUAUGUCAAACCGAAAAUUUUGCAAGAACAUUGCUUUAUCCACAAGUUGCUUCGUAUUAUGUGUGGAAAAAUAAGAAUUUUGUUAGACGUAAACAAGGCCAGAAUGUCGAAGGUUGGCCAGGAGUUAAGAAAGAUACAGCUUUGGGUAGAGUUUAUAUAAUCCACCCAAACAAUGUUGAAUGUUACUAUCUUCGUCUUCUUCUUCAUUACGUAAAAGGUCCAACAUCGUAUUCAUUUUUGAAGAUUGUGAACAAUAUCGAGUAUCCGACAUUCCAGGCCACAUGUAAAGCACUUGGAUUAUUAGAAGAUGACAAUCAGUGGGAUUUUGCUUUAGAAGAAGCAGCAUUAUGUCGUUCACCUAAUAAAAUGCGAGAACUUUUCAGUGUAAUAUUAAUAUUUUGCCAUCCCUCAGAUGCUUCAAGUCUUUGGACUAAGUAUAAGGACGAUUUUUCAGACGAUAUUCGGCGACAAUAUUAUAGACAACAUCUAGAAAAUAAUAUAACAGACAGUGAACUUUAUAAUAAGUGUUUGGUAUUAAUUGAAGACUUUGUUUUGAAUCUAGGUGGAAAUAACUUAAAAGAAUAUGAUUUGCCAACUCCUACAAGAUCUGGUGGACUUUUAGAAAAUAGAGAAUAUUUAAAAGAAACAAGCUAUGAUUUAAAUGCUUUACAGGAAAUUGUUUUGCAGAAUGAACCCUCUUUGACUGAGGAACAGAGGGUUGUUUACAAACAAACUUUAAAUAGUAUCAAAUUAAAUUUAGGAAAAUGUAUAUUUUUAGACGCUCCUGGCGGAACUGGUAAAACCCACUUAAUCAAUAUACUUUUGGCUAAAGUAAGAAGCUCAUAUGGGAUUGCAAUUGCAGCUGCAUCAUCAGGAAUUGCUGCUACGCUUUUACAUGGAGGAAAAACUGCUCAUUCUGCUUUCAAGUUGCCACUCAAUCUGAACACCAUCGAGAUUCCAACGUGCAAUAUUAAUAAACAAUCUAAUAUUGCAAAUGUUCUGAAAAAAUGCAAGCUCAUAGUUUGGGAUGAAAGUCCAAUGUCUCAUAAGAAAGGCUUUGAAGCUUUAAACAACUGUCUGAAGGAUCUAAGAAAUUCAAAUUUAUAA